CGCAGGUGAUCCUCUGGAAAAGUCAGCUGGUGCGAGGUUUAAAGCUGCUUUAUUGCUGAGAUGCUGAACAGCUUCAGGUUGUCCAUCCUUUUAAAGGCCCUGAUAGUCUGUCUGUUAGCCUGGAAAGGCGAGGCUUCCUCUCUAGGGCUCACAGUCCACGUGGUGCCUCUGGAGAGUGAUGGAGGAAAUACGGUUCGGGCUCACUUCAGCGCCAUCACUCCAUCUCCUUGUCCUGACUUUUCCGCCGUGUGUGCGGCGGGACAGGACUGCCAGACCCACCUCACGUCAACCCCCUUCACAGGUAACCUGCCUGCCCCGGGCUGGUGCGUCCGUCAAUGGCAGACCACAGUCCCCAGUGCGUACAAAGCCCAGCUCAGUCUUGGAUCCACACAGUUCAACGUCACAAUAAACGCAGAGCCAAAUAUCCGUUCAAGCACUGGGAGGCUCAACCAGCCGGCGUACGUGGCUCUCCCGCCCCCACUAAGAGCUCAAGCGGACUGUCCUCAAACCUUCCAGCUGUCAGUGAAAGACCUGGAUGGAGACCGGGUUCAAUGCCGCUUUGCUCGAGAAGACAAAGGAGAAUGUUACAACUGUCCUCAGCACUCUUUUCUUCAGCUGGAUGAGGCCAAAUGUUUGCUGACGUUCACUGGAAAAGCUUCUCCUGGGCAGUAUUUCAUAGACCUGAUGGUAGAAGAUUAUAUUCCUGUGCCUAAAUCAGUCCAAAUACUAGAAAACAAAGCCCUCAGCUCUGUUCCUGUGCAGCUUUCUCUCACCGUGGAAUCCAGUACCAACUGUGGUACUGAACUUCUGGGAACAGUCGCUCCCCAAGAGGACCUGCUGUUUGUCCUGCCGUACCAGGAGGUGAAAAUUGAUGUCAGCUACCCGUUGGAUGUGGGCAGUGUGGAUGAGUUUGCAGUUGUUGGUCCUCCUCAACUUUACAAUAAGAGGGAUGUGUUGAAGAACCAAAUGACGUUGGCUUGGAUCCGAUCAGAAAACAACCUGACUCGUCUCUUGCCCAUCUGCUUUGCUGCCAACACCAAAAGUUUGCAGUCAAAGCUACAAUGCGUGUGGUUGUAUCAAAGGGAAAUGACGACUCUACCUACUGGAACAGAGCUGAAGUGUGACCAGACUGCGAUGACGCUGGUGCUCCCUCUGGCUUCCAUUCCCAACAUCAUCGUGGAUGAACUGCAGCUCAACAGCCCCACCUGCCGCAUCGCCUCCAACAGCACACACUUGAACGCAACGAUCUCUUUGAACGGCUGCGGCACAAAGACUGUGCACUCUGGGUCAGAGUUGGUUUAUACAAACACACUGCGAACUGUGCGUCCCUACACUAUGGUGAGCCGCAGGCCCACCCUGGUCCUCCCUCUGGCUUGCCGAAUCCCACAAGUACAGGCCAGAGGACCCCACUAUACUGUCGAAAUGCCCUCAGAUGCAGAAGUUUUCGGUAAUGUUUAUGUUUGGAUUGAAGUCCACCAGCCAGGACAAGGAUCAUUGGCAAGAUACACAGCCAAUCCAAGGUUUAUGCCUAAUCUCCGAUCAUUGCCGAGAGUUCGCAGGGACACAGGGAGCAACGGCUCUCCUGCAGUCGCCACCAAAAUCUCAUCCAGGAUUAAAGAGCUUGAUCUCUACUUGAUGUCCAACUGUAGCAUGCUAAAAGUUGAAAUGGUUGUGACAAAGUGUGUGGAAUCUGAGACAGAGGACUUUGCAGUGAGCAAUCCCAUCAUGGACCAAGGGUGUAUGAAUUCCAACAGCACAUCAGAGAUUGAAAUAGGACAAAAUAAUUCUAGGGUUUAUCGUCUCAAUUUGGAAUCGAUGGCAGUCAAGACAUCAGAUGUGAUGUAUAUCAUGUGCAACAUCAGCCUGUGCAUGCCCACCUCUCCCACUGGCCACUGCCUUUUUGAGUGUGGUCGUGCCGGUAGCCAAAGUGCUGUGCUCGACAGCCUUUUUUCCAGAACAUACACAGUCCGUUCCGGCCAGGUCAGACUCAUCCCCAACCCUCUUGUUAGCCCUGCUGUUUCACCAAAUACCACAACAGCCUUAGCAAUGGCACCAAAUCCUGCUGGAACUGCCCAAACUACAAAGAACCCCGCCUCCAUCACAGCCGUUGCCAUUUCCCACGCUCCCAUGACAACAUCAGUGACAACAGCAGCAAUUCUCACAACAAUCAGCGUAUUUCUUCAAAAGACCAUCUUCUACUAAAAGACCAGCUGGACAACUAUCAGUUUUCUUUGUACUUUUUUUUCUAAUGGACCAGUGACAAUUCAAUGCUGUAAAACCUAUUACUCAUUUGAACUUACAAACUGCCAAAGAGGGAGGAAAAAUGAAGUUAUGCAUGCGAAAUUGCACAGUACCAAUGCAGAACAUAAUUUAUUCAAAAUAAACAAAGUACUAUAUAUUUACAACAUAUAAGCCAGAUAGUUGAGACUUGUGCUCAAUCUGCAGAUUUUUUUGCACGUUAUUUAGUUUCUCUUUUUACCACAUUAUAUAUCUGUAUUUUUUCAUUAAAAAAUAACAAAAACAAGUAUUUUAUUCAUAAUUAUUAUUCAUGUGUUGUUUGUAGUUAAUGUGUUGUACACUAAGCAUGAUAAACCUUUGUCCACACAAAAACAAGUCAGAAAAAUAAAGCUGAAGAAUUCAAAAUGAA